UGCGCCUCUCAGUCCGCGGGGCGAAAAACUCAGAGAAACGAUGGAUUUUGUCGGACCUUUCUGAACAAACGGCGAGAACUAUGUCGUAGCGUCGCUGCGGCGUCGGACGGAAGACGGAGCGAAGAGGAGAUAUUCGCUUAGGGAGUUUCUAAUCCUCCUGGCAAUUUCCCAACAAUUCCCGUCUUUAUUUUCCUACAUUCUCAACAACUGAGUCACUUUUCUUCCGCUUGUAUCUUUUCCUGCAACCUCCUCCCCUCCCCCCCGGCUCCUCUUAUCUCUCGGUCUCCUCUGUCAUGUCCGUAUCCAUGAGGAACCCACCUCAACGCCGGCGCUCCCUGGGUCCCGUCUCACCCAAGCGAAUCUACAGGAACCUCUCUGUCAGACUGAGGGGAGGAGAGUCGUCCGUCGCCGCCGAGGUGGAUGCACCCAAACACACCAGCAAGCCUGCAGAAGCUUACAAGACCCUGUGGGAGGCAGUGGAAAACGAGGACACUCUGGCUGUGCAGAGCCUCUUGUCCAAAGAUCAUGCCAGCUGUGGAGGAGGAGGAUCGAGCUUGUGGGAGCGAGGAGAGAAGAAAGAGAAGGACUGGGAGAGAGAUAAAGAAAAAGGGGUGAACCGAGUCAGCGAGCAGGGGUUGGUUCCUCUGGAUGUGGCCGCGCUUACCCACAACUCCCCUCUUCUUCACGUGCUGACAAAGGCAGGCGCCAGGCAUAACCCUAUUUUGUGCCGGCCAGCAGACUGGGGGCUCAAGCUGGACGCCCUGGUGGAUAUGGCGAGCAGAUGGACGGAGGAGAGGAAGUCGGAGUUGGCCAGGAAAACAGGAGCAGGCCCCCAGGCGCAGGCGGAGGUCCAGAGACAGAGCCGCCUCUGGAGACUGCGGCUGCAGCUGUACUGCCGGAUGAGAGAGAACUUCCAGAACACGGAGCUCCCAGGCCCUCCCAGUCAUGUGUCCUUACUGGUAACCAGCAAUUCCUCUCUGUGCGUGGUGAUCAAGGAGCCGGACGGUAACAGCAUGGGGCUCAUCACCCGCUACAAAGUGGAGUGGAGCACCUCGGUCAGCUUCAAACGCGUCCUCGGAACGGCCCUGGUCACAGAAACGAGGAACCCGUCCUAUAUCAUCAACGGACUGACAGCAGGAACACACUACUACGUGAGAGCGAGCGCCUACAACGUGAAGGGAUGGGGCCCACCUCAGAGCUCGGCUCCGGUCAGCGCCGCCCCCUCCAGCUGGAGAGAGUGUGUUGGUGUGAAGACGCCGCUCAGGAACCACGAGGGCUUUGUGAGGAAACUGCUGGAAGAUGCCAAAGAAUCCCAGUACAGAGGAUAUUAUAUAGACAGCUCGAAGUCGGCGAGUCCCAGCAAGCGCCUGUUGAUGUCUCGGGGCAUCAAGCAGCUUUUCCACUCUGCCACCAAGUUUGUUCGUCUCCUGCAAAGGGGUGUGUACUUGGCGACUGUUUUCUACCACAAGGACAACAUCCUGGUGGCCGCUGAGGAUCAGAUCCCACUGGUGGAGAUCCAGUGCUGCUCCACCUCCAUCACCCAGGACUUCCUGUGGUUUGCCAAGCUGUCCUGCGCGUGGCAGCAGGUGCCCUGGCUUCAGCAGGGCCUGUCGUCUGCUCACUCCUCUCCCUCCUCCCUCCUUCAGAACCGGCACAACAUCUUAAAAGCUGUUUGUCAGCUGCAGUCUUCUUUAGGAACGAUGGAUUUGGGUCAGGUGUACUACGAACCGCUGAAAGACAGGCAGGGCAAUGUGCUAAUAGUGACGCUGAGGGAGUUCCCAAAUCCUCCUUCAAGCCCUCCUGACCCUCCAUUCCACUGGAUUGCUCUGGACCGGCUGGAGCGGAACCGCAGCAGAACCCCUCUGCUGCCCGAGCCCACGGCCAUGGAUAUGCUCUUUGAGCAACUGAAGGACAAGCUGUCCUUCCACAGGCACAGCAUCCAGUGGGCCCAGCCCGGCCUGUAUGUGGGCAUCCUAAAACUGUGCAGCUCGGUGGACCAGAUCAGGGUCCUGGUGCCGCAGCGGCUGCCAAACCUCCUCUGCCACACGCGGGUCCGACACAAUCCCCACGUGACCAGAGAGGAGUGGGCCUGGCUCCAGAGUCAUGUUUACACCGCACACAGCGGCAGCGCUCAGAGCCCGCCGAGCGGCGAGGACGAGAGCAGCGGAGUGGAGGAGUUUGUCAGGUCUCUGAGAGCCGCAGUCACACAUCUCCUGACGAAGCUCAACAUCCCCCUCUACAGGGCCUACCAGUACGGCGUGUACACGCGGGAGCUGCUACAGUUUGGUGGGAAGGUCUCCAUGCUUCUGCUCCUGCCUCCCAGUGAGGACUUCAGCUCCAGCUACUGGCCUCUGGUGGGAACCAAAGAGCCUGGCUUCACACUGCCCCUGCAGAUCUUUGAACUGGUUCACUUCUGGACCUACGAACGGGACUUCCUGAGUCAGUACUGCCAGGCCUGGGUGAGGCUGGAGCUGGACACUCACCUGGCCCAGCAGGCCCUGCGUGAAGCGCUGGACACCAACGAGGUGCAGGAAGCCCGGGAGCGCCUCAAUAACCUCACUGACCUUUCUCGUCGUUUGGAGAUGGUGUGGAGGGACGCCCGUUGGAUAAUGGACUGUCUGCAGUGUGUCCGCUCCAAGCAGUGGGUGGGGGCAGUGCCUUUGGGACUGGUGAUGGGGGGGGACCCACCGCCUCGUCCUGAUGGUGAAGAAGAGGAAGACAGCUUGACUGCAAGGUUGAAGUGGCCGAGCCGGGUCCAAACACUAAGAUCUGUAGCAGGAAGUUCUUCCGCUGUCCCCAUACCGGUUACCGCCGAGGUCUGCGCUCCAGAAAGAAUCCCGGUUGUCCGGGAGAACGCUGCGCUCAGGUUGAUGGAAGGCGUCGUGAAGGGAGGGUACCCUGUUGACAUCAGUGCUCAGUCGACAGCGGACCUGUCCGGCGUCGGCCUGCCGGAGGACGGAUACACCAGCGCUUUAGCGGACAGCAGACUUAACUCUGCUGCUGUUGCACAGCUAGAGACCACGGUGUUGGACACCACAGACUUCAGUCCCAGCAUCACGGACGUCAUCCGGCCGAUGGAGAUGGCGGAGCUGGUGGACAUCUUGCCGGCGCUGAGUCUUAUUGAGGAAGAGAACCCCUGUGCUCCAUCCACUCCGUCUGUAAUGGACAUCCUGGAGAACUUUGGACUUGGGAUCGGGGAGAAAAACGCCCACUUUGUCUUUGAGAUUGACGACAGGAGGGGGUCAAAGGCGAACACCGAGAGCGAGACGCACUGUGAGGGUAUUCUGUUAAACCGAGCAGGAGUCGCGCCUUCUUGUGCCACUGUAAAUGGAUCAGAGAGCGACACGCCUUUUUCAGGGCGCGUCCGCCUCGGGGCGAUAGACAGACGAUGGAGGCUCCAAGUAAGGGAGCAUCAGUUCCAGUGAGGAACCUGGUGGAGUGGGACAGACCGUCCACCAGUUCAUCCUGAUGUUAAACUUUGUCAGCUCGAAGUUGCAGUCACACUCCAGGGCUCGAUGAAGAAGUGAAAAACCUCACUUAUUCUUUUUUUGAUCACUGUAUUUAUUCAUAGUAUAUAAAAACUUUAGCUAGGGCUGGAUGACAUUAGGGAUCAUAUCAGUCGAUAUCAAUAAUUACUGAUAAGUUUUUUGUUUUAAAUAUCUGAAAUGCUCACAAACUGGUGACAUGGCCUUUCCUGUUUUUUCCACAGUUUUCGUUCUAUGCCAUUUUUUUAAAUUUAUUUUUAAGCAGCUAUGAGGCACGGUGGCGAAACCUGAAACUGCUGCUGCGCAAGUUACUCAACAGGUUGUUGCUAGACGACCAAAGAGUGAGUGAGUUUCUUUCUAAUGAAUGAGUGAGUAAACCUAAGCAUCGACCUUUCUUAGCCAGCCGUGAGAGGUUGGGCAACUAAAGCCUUUCCUCUGCCUACAUCCCCCAGAAUGCUGUGCGGUUCUGGAUUGGCGUUCAGUGGAAUUACUGAACAUUCUAUCAGACAUUACAUCUAUAGAUACUGAUCACAUAUCUAUAUCUAUCUAUAUCGUUACUGAUUGAUUGUCCAGCCCUAAUUUGAAUGUAUAUUGUAAGAUUUAGUCUCUGUGAUAAAUUGCACCCAGUUUGAUGAGUAUACCCAGAAAGCUGGACUUGUUUUUGCACAUUUCUCAAACUUUCAUUUUGCAUUUUUCUAGCAUGUAAACUUGUGUUCAUAAGUUUCCAUUCUGAAUAUGAGAAAAAAACAAAACAAAACCAGGUGUUGCUUAGCGGUUGACGAAGUCAUUUGAUAUCUGGCAAUUGUGUUUGCUCUUUUUUUAGAUGAUUAGGACAACAGAAACUAACUAUGCGACCCUGAUAAAAAGUUUACAGAUCAUAUUUCAUGUCAUGUGUUGCACCCUCAUGGAACCAGCACCAGUUUUGGCGUUUGCUCCGGGUUCUGCCCUCAGGCUGUUUGGUUGCAGUGAUGCAGUGAUGGUGACUCAACCCUGCAGCCUUUUUUACAUCAGGCGAAGUUGUGUGUUUUUUUUUUUUUUUUUUUUUGCAUGUCAAAUAACGUGUUGGUUGGAUUACUUUCAACUGAAUGCCUCUUUUUUUUCACUUUUCAUGUCCCUUUUCUGUUUUAUACAGUUCAGUUUUCUUCUAGCACAGAUCCUUUAAUGAAACUUUUUCUCUGGUUAUGAAUCUAGAAAAAUCCGUCUAUUAUGGGGAAACCACUAGUGUUGGAAAAGGAUUUUGUAUUGUCAUCCGUAUUUUGUCAGUGUAUGUAAACCUAUGAGCACAACUUCAGUUCUCUAGAGCUACAAGUCAAAUGUACAAAAUGUAAUAAUAUUAAUAAUAAUAAGCUACAGUAGCAGUCAUGACUUGAAUAUGUCUUGCUCACUACAGGACAAAGCUCUGUUGGUGCUUGUCUGAGCUGCGUUCAAUUCAGUCAAAUAAAAGCAUUUCCUUUGAAUUUUAUAUGUACGGUUUAGGCAUUACAAGCUUCCAGUGUUACUUUCUCUUUUUUCUGGUAUUUUAAUGAUCAUUUAUAUUCAAUAGGAGGGUGAUAUUCACCAAAUAAAACAAUGUGUCUGACUCCGA